AUGCAGAUUCCACAAACGAAGACCCAGCGCACCAAAGCUGCAAUACACCUGUUCCAGGCUCUGCUCAUUUUCGUCGCCGGAUGCCUGACGCUCGCUGUCAUGACGAAGAGCGGAAGCUUCGGAGCGCAGACCGGCUUCUACUUUGCACUCGUACGCCGACUCCGACCAUUGCAAGCGUGAUGGGGUACUGACAAAUGUCCAGUGUUUCCUCACUUUCCCUGCUAUCAUCUAUCUCGUCAUGGUCCCCAUGUGGAGUCGUGCCUGGCGCUUCAACAACGUCUGGGCCAUCGCGACCAUCGAUAUCCUCUUCGCUAUUCUCUGGUUCGCUGCCUCGAUAGCCGUGGCCGUAUGGAAUGCCGACGGAAUCGCCAAAGGCAAGACGGAUUCCAGCAGCGAUGGCACAGACAAGAGCACUAAGAGAGAAGACACCACAACCAAGAAAGACGGCACUUGCGCUUCAUUCGGGUACGGAAGUGAGACCAAGUGUAAAGUCAGCAAAGCCACAGUCGGCUUCGGCAUCAUCGUCUUCCUCCUAUUUGCCGUCACCAGCUACCUCGCUGUCCGUGCCAUAAUUCAAUACCGCAAGACCGGCGUCGUUCCGAGUGUCGGCAUGAAGAACCAUGGUUCGACAGACGCGCUAGGCACCGACGAUCCGAGCAAAGAUCCAUGGUCCGCCAACAUCGACGAACAGCUGCAUACUACCAGCGAUGACCGCCUGACCUAUGGCCAGCAGACUGCGGGAGAUGAUUCGGAGGCCCUCUUGCAUCGCAACUCAGAGUCAGACUCUCGCCAUCACGCAGACGGCAUGGCGCACCCCGGCCGUAGACUGAGCCACCAAGGAAGUGCACAAUUCGCGAGUCCGCCGACGUACGAUGGCAAUUUUGCACCCUCUGCGCUCAGUCCGACGGGCAUCCCGACCAGUCUCAGUGGACAUGUGGCAUUUCCCGAGGCGGACUACAAUGCGUUGCGGUGA